CUCAGUCGUCCCGGCUGCCUGGCUGUAACACUGCCAUGACCAAAAAUAUUUAUCGUGCAAGUGAAUCGGAAUCAGGAUGGACCGUCGCAUGAGACGUGAAGUCCAUCUUGAGGUGGAUCGCCUCCUGAGAGAUCUUUGGUGAGGAGCAUGUCGUCCGUUAUGGAGGGCACACACACUGUUUUGCUUCUGUACGUGCCCAUCCGUGAGCUCAGCAACAUCAGCCUAUAUUUCCCGAAGCAGCCAGUCCCGAGACUCAAGUAUAAGAGCCGCACCCCUCCUUCAGCCCAGACCGGUAAUGACCAUGACUGUGGAAAGGAGGAUCUCCCUGUGUCCAAACAAAGAAGCCAGUCUUCCAACUCCUCCAGCAAACCCUUCGGCUACCAGCGGGCCACAAAGGCGGCUGUUGCAGAACUCUGCUUGCUGGCUUCCGAGCACCACCAAUUGCUGGCAGACCUCUUAUCCCUGUGCAGGGAUUGUGCCAAUAAAGUCAAGAUGGGCGACCAGAUUGGAAAAAUGCAGGAUUUCAACAAGGCCGACCCGGGAGGUGAGGAUGACUGCAGCAAAAACUCAAGUUCGCGAGGGAGUACAGCAACAAAGAGUAGAAAGAUGAAGAUGAAGGGAGGCAAGAGGCUUGAUAGUGCAAAGUAUUCCCCACGCAGUCAGAUGAAGUCGGAAAUUACAAAUGGAACUUCAUCCUUUGAUCUUCCUGCGAGAAAGAGUGCAACUGCAGUCUCAACAAUGGAGGAGACUCCAGGUACAUCACUACCCGUCUACGUGUCACACGGUCCUUUUGUUGACACAGUCAGUAAUCCUCUCCUGCCUAUAGCCGAACCCUUCCAGAUCACACGAGAGGUCUGGGACUUUGUGGAGGACAACCGGACUUUCGACUCAGAUGUAGAUUUCUGCAAUGACUUCUCAGAGUGUGACAGUGAGCAGGGUUUUGCGUCAGCCUCUUGCAGCCUGAUGGACGGCCUGGCCCGAAGGGAAAGUGGGAGUAACCUUCGGCCUAUAAAGAAGUUUCCAACAGAGAAUGCAACAGUCAAGUCCACUCAUCAGUUGCUCUGUGAAAACAGCCAGAAAGAUAAUGGGGUCCGGUUGGUGGCUAGAGUGCAGGACUUAGAGGGCAAAGUGCAACGUGUCAGUCCUAUAAGCCCAAAUGGGUCAGGGUCUUCUGAUUCUUACACAGGAACUAGCACACACCCAAAGGAGUUUGGACAAUUGAGAGAAUCAAACAGAGACACAAGUGUUAUGGUUAGUCGUGAAAAGACUGGUCCAAAGCUUGCUGAGGGCCUACAGCUCCCCCUUUCCUAUACCCAUGAACUCCAGAACUUAGCCAAACCUCAUACGAAGAGCCCCACUUCACCAUUUCUGGCUGGCAUCUUCAACACAUCCUUCCCUAGCUCAAAAAGUCUUCAGAGCACGUCAGCAGCCUCGUCACCGAGUCCGAAGAUCCACCAUCGGAUUGUGCUGCUUCCAGAUCAUGAUGUAGACCCCGAGCGAGACAGCUCCAGCAACACCGUUGAGCCCAAACCCUUCACCGAGGUCGCUCACAAGAACGGCCACAGACGAACAGCCGCACAUCUGGAUUUGGAGCUCAGCAAACGGCCGAGCCACUCCGGAAAGUGGAAUUCUUCCGGCAACUCCACAACAACAGAGGACUCCCUCCUGCGUCAUGAAGAUAUUUGGAUGCUGGAUGGCGAUGACCCUCAGGAACCCGUGUCCCCUGUUCCCCGCCCCGAUCACCUGGAUUUCCUACGCAUUACACCACCUGAGGAUGACAUCAUUGGGAAUACGCCUUAUUAUCCCAAACUGGAGCGCACGACGGAGUCUACGUCACCUGCAGACAGUGAGGACCGGACUCCGGGUCGUCUCCAGGCUGUGUGGCCACCUCCCAAAUCCAAAGAUGAGGAAGAAAAGGUCGGGCUCAAGUACACGGAGGCAGAGCACCAGGCUGCCCUCCUGCAGCUGAAGAGGGAAUGCAAGGAAGACUUGGAGCGAAUGCACUCAGAUUUUGAGCUUCAGAUCUUCCAACUUCGAGGCGAGCAUGCUGUUUCAAUAUCAAAACUUGAAGAUGUCAUCACCAAGAUUCAAAAAGACAAGAGCUACAAUGUGGCGCGCGGAGAGACCCGAGACGUGGCCGUGUCGACUGCGGAUGACCCGACAACCAAAACGUGCCGCACCGUGGGGAUCCAGACAGACAGGGAGACCUUCAUCAAGAGCCCAGAGGUCGAGGCGGGGGGUCUCGUUCAAGCGGCCAACCAGAAUGCGCCCAAAAAACUUAAUUUGGACUCUAUCGGACUCAAUCUAGGGCUUAAAACAGCUUCAGGGCCCGCCGGACCAGUUCCGCCUCCGCCACCCCUGCCAGGCCCCUCAGGACCACCGCCACCCCCUCCACCUCCGCUGCCAGGCAUUAUGGGAGCACCGCCGCCACCGCCACCACCUUUGCUCGCCGGGGGUUGCCCUCCGCCACCCCCGCCCCCUCCCCCUCCUGGUCUACCUGGAGCAGGCCCUCCGCCCCCUCCCCCUCCUCCAGGCUCCAACCCCCCACCACCUCCAGCCAUGGGGGGGUUCAGUUUAACUCAUAUGUUAGAAAAGCCCCCUCGGAAGCCCGCUAUUGAACCCGCCAGUCCCAUGAAGCCUUUGUACUGGACCCGGAUACAAAUACAUGACGAUAACAACAACACAUUGUGGGGAUCCCUGGAGGAGCCAGACAUCGAUCCAAAAGAGUUUGAAGAUCUGUUCUCCAAGGCCACAACUCAGCCACUGAAGAAACCUUUGUCAGACACGUAUGAGAAGAAAGCCAAAACAAAAAAGAUAAUCAAGCUGCUGGAUGGGAAGCGCUCACAAGCUGUCGGCAUCCUUAUAUCAAGCCUGCAUCUGGAAAUGAAAGACAUUCAGCAAGCUGUUCUUAAUGUGGAUAACUCGGUGGUGGAUUUGGAAACCAUUGAGGCUUUAUAUGAAAACAGGGCAAGUGCUGAUGAGCUGGACAAGAUCAAGAAACAUUAUAAGACCUCAAAAGAGGAUGAAGUCAAACUGCUAGACAAACCUGAACAGUUUCUCUAUGAGCUCUCCCAGAUUCCCAACUUUGCAGGCCGAGCCCACUGCAUCAUCUUCCGGUCAAUUUUCCUCGACACUAUCUCCUCCAUCCGCUGCAAAGUGGAAAUUAUAAAGAAUGUAUGCAAAGAACUGCUGGAGCGCAAAAGUGUGCGUGAAGUAAUGGGUCUUGUUCUGGCCUUUGGGAAUUAUAUGAAUGGAGGGAACAGGACAAGAGGUCAAGCUGAUGGCUUUACUCUUGAGAUCCUCCCCAAGUUAAAGGACGUCAAGAGCAGGGACAAUCACAUGAGUUUGGUGGAUUAUGUGGUUCUGUACUACCUGCGAAAUAUUGAUCACGUGAGUUGUCUUCAGUUGAACCGAUGGGAAAAACUAUUCAUGCAUUUAUUAAUUGUUAUAUUCUUCCAGCAUGCUGGUACAGACAAGAGUGUGUACCCUCUGCUGGAACCCCAAGAAUUAUUCCAGGCUGCACAGGUCAAAUUUGAAGAUCUAAUGAAGGACAUCAGGAAGUUGAAGAAAGAUUUGACAACUUGCGAGCGAGACAUGCAGAAGGUGUGUGCUGACUCAGCGGAGGAACACCUCCAGCCGUUCAGAGAAAAGAUGGAGGGAUUCGUCUCUACCGCAAAAGCAGAGCAUUCUGCUGAAGAGGAUCGCUUCAACGCUGCCCAAAAAAGGUUCCAGGACAUGGUGAGCUACUUUGGGAUAAAGCCAAAGUCAGGAGAUAAAGAAGUGGCCCCAAGUCACAUUUUUAUGCUCUGGUACGAGUUCUGCAAUGACUUCAAGAACGCUUGGGUACGCCAAAGCAAGAACAUCUCCAAGGAGAGGUUGAAGGAAGCUCAAGAGAACAUCAAGAAGAUCACAGACGAGAAGCGAGUGGAAACCAAGAAGAUCAACGCCAACAGUCUAAAAGAGAGGCUGCGGCAAAAGGAGUCAAGCGUGCCGUCGAGUUGAGUGACCCAAAUCCAAACAACGGGCCGCGAACCUUUUGCGUACACGAAGAAUCCGCUGCGAGUGAUGAGAGUCCUCAAGGCCGAAGGUGGCCCUCAUUCAACCAGCACGGCGUGACCUCUGAAUGACCGGCUUGCCAAAGGUCACGGCGGGUCACUUCAGGGCUCUGUUGCCACAACAAUCUUGUCGUCCCUCGAGAAAAAAUCUUGCUCCUCGUGUGUGCUGACAAUCACUUAAAGCUUGACUGGACUGACCUGAUGCCCGAAAAACUUCCCAGCAUCCUUUGCUGUGGCGACCUGAUUUUCAUGUACUCAUUUUUGAAGUCGUUGUGGAGUCGCAGGGGGCUGCGCUCUCCCAGCAUUAUGAAGAACACCUUUCUUUUGCAUUAUAUGCUUCCUGCCACUCACACCCAUACGACGGGUAUCCAACUUAGCUUUUAAAUUAAUAUUCAAAGCUGCUAAUAUUUCCCUUGCACAUUCCGUCACACUUUUUAAGCACUUUUCUGCUUGCAAGAGCUGGCUGCCCCCCAAGAAUUUAGUAUAGUUGUAUUAUUCCUGCAUGCUCAUUUGCCAUGCAAGAAUUUUUAAUUUGAUGAAGGGUUCUGGGGUUGGAGGCUGCAUACACCAGGUGUGAAAAGUAUUCAAAUCCCCUUGAAUUUCACUUGGUUACAUUGCAGCCCAUUAAAAAAAUUAUUUAAGUUCAUUUUCCCCCUGAUUAGUGUAUAGAGAGCACCCAAUAUUAUCUGAAAAAACACACUGGUUGAAAUUUUUGCAGGUUUAUUAAAAAAGAAAAACUGAAUUAUCGCACAGCUAUAAGUAUUCAGAUCAUUUCCUCAGUAUUGAGUAGAAGCUCCUUUUAGAGAUAACGCAGCCAUGAGUCUUUUUGGGAAUGACGCAACACAUUUUUCACACCUGGAUUUGGGGAUCUUCUGCCAUUCCCCCUUGCAGAUGUUCUCCACUCCUGUCAAGUUGGGUCGUGAAUGUUGGACAGCUGGUAUUUUCCGGUCUCUCCAGAGAUGCUCAAUUGGGUUUAAGUCAGGGCUCUGCCUGGGCCAUUAAGGAACAAUCACAGAAGGUAAGGUAAGGUAGACCAUUAUUUCAGCUGUGUGCUUAGGUUCAUUGUCUUUCGCCUUAGUCUGAGAUCCCGAACACUUUGGAGAUGUUUUUCAUACAGAAUAUCCCUGUACUUGAUCACAUUCAUUUUUCCUUCGAUUGCAACCAGUCAUCUUGUCCCUGCACCCACCUUGCUUCUCUGCUGGGACUAAAUUUGGAAAAGUGAUGAGCAGUGCCUGAUUCUCACUACACGUAUCACUUAGAACUAAGCCCAACACUUUCCGUCUUGGUCUAAUCAGACCAGAGAAUCUUGUUUCUGAUGAUCUUGGAGUCCUUCAGGUGUUUUUUUAGCAAACUCCCAUCCGGCUUUCAUGUUUCUUGCACUGAGGAGAGGCUUCCAUCAAACCACUCGGCCAUAACGCUCCGACUGGUGGAGGGCUGCAGUGGUGGUUGACUCUCUAGAUCAAGAACUUUCUCUGAUCUCCAGACUGCAUCUCUGGAGCAUGUCACAGUCGUCUUUGGGAUCUUCUUUACGUCACACCAACACUCUUCUUGCUUAAUCGCUCAGUUUGACCGAACGACCAGCUCCAAUGAAGGGUUCUGGUCAUCCCAAAUGUGUUUCAUUUCAGGAUUACCGAGGCCACUCUCCUGCUUCGGAACCUUAAGUGCAGCAGAUUUUUUUUUCUUGUGACCUUGGCCAGAAUUCUCUCUCUGAGCUCUUCAGGCAAUUCCUUUGACUUCAUGAUUCCCAUUUGGUCUGAUAUGCACUGUGAGCCGUAAGGUCUUACAUAGGUAUGUGUCUUUCCUAAUCAAGUCCAAUGAGUACGAUCUAGCACAGCUAGACUCCAAUGAAGGUGUCGAACCUUCUUGAGGAUGAGCGGAAGAAACGGAUAGCACCUGAGUUAAAUAUAUAAACGUCACAGCAAAGGGUCUGAAAACUUGUCUGUAAGAUAUUUUAGUUUUUCUAUUUAAUACAGCUGCAAAAAAUGUCAACAACUCAUUUUUUCCUGUUAAUUUAGGAAAUGUGUGUACAACAAUGAGGGGAAAAUGAACUUAAAUGAUUUUAGCAAAUGGCCACAACAUAACAAUGAGAGAACAUUGUUCGGGGCUGUGAAAACUUUCCGUACGUGCCGUAUAUGCACUCCUGUGCUCCUCAUUCGAGAAAAGUCUAUUUAUGUAAGAGAGAAUUUAUUUUAUGUACAGAGACAUCGACACGUUCAUUUGGAGGGUGCAGUUUUAUGACUCAGGAUUUAAUCGGGUGAGACGCUGGACAAUAAGUGUAUUUUAUCGUGCAUUUGUAGGGUUGUGACUUUGACAGUACAGGGUUCUGAUUAUUUAGGCCCAAAGCCGUCCUUGUCAUAUUACCUCUCAAAGGAACCUGGAUGAUCAGAGUUCUUGUAAAGAUGCAAGCCCGCGGAUCUUUUUACCCUCCAUCUGUGCCAUUUGUUUUGUAUGAAAAUCAAACUGUUGCAAAACUGGAAGAACAGAAGAAGGUGAGCUGCUUGAUGGGUUUUACUGGAUGCGUAAACAAACACUGGAUGCGAACCCGAAUGCACCAGUGUCAUUUUAUGGAAUUGUUUUAAAUUUCAACAAUAAAUUCUGGAUGCCGACACAACAGGAGGAUUAUCUUGACU